AUGGCGCAGCCGGUCGGGCCGGCGGAGGAGCCGGUGGAGCCUGCAGCCGCUGUGGAGAUGACUGCUGUUGCUGCUAGAUGGGGUCUGGCACCCCUGCACGCCAACCACAGGCGGAAGAGAUCACAUCCGGGCGGCCGGAAGAAGGCGGCAGAGCGGUUUGCCGGGAAGACGCUGAUAUCAGCGCUGGAGUUGGUUGCGGUGCCGGCAGACCACUUUGUCGGCAAUGCGGACAUCAAAGAGCUGACGGCCUUGCGGCUGGACGAUCACCCCCUCAAUCCAUCCGGCUCUCGGGCCGAAACCUCGCGCCUAGAUAAGGGAUCCCGGAACAAAGGGAGCCUGUGCAGUCGGAACCCAUUGUUUGGGUCCGGGCCAGAGGAGGUGCCAAAGGGGGAGUUGUUCUGUUUCGAGGGGAGUGAGAGUGUUGCUGAGGAGAGUGAGAGUGUUGCUGAGGAGAGUGAGAGUGUUGCUGAGGAGAGUGAGAGUGUUGCUGAGGAGAGUGAGAGUGUUGCUGAGGAGAGUGAGAGUGUUGCUGAGGAGAGUGAGAGUGUUGCUGAGGAGAGUGAGAGUGUUGCUGAGGAGAGUGAGAGUGUUGCUGAGGAGAGUGAGAGUGUUGCUGAGGAGAGUGAGAGUGUUGCUGAGGAGAGUGAGAGUGUUGCUGAGGAGAGUGAGAGUGUUGCUGAGGAGAGUGAGAGUGUUGCUGAGGAGAGUGAGAGUGUUGCUGAGGAGAGUGAGAGUGUUGCUGAGGAGAGUGAGAGUGUUGCUGAGGAGAGUGAGAGUGUUGCUGAGGAGAGUGAGAGUGUUGCUGAGGAGAGUGAGAGUGUUGCUGAGGAGAGUGAGAGUGUUGCUGAGGAGAGUGAGAGUGUUGCUGAGGAGAGUGAGAGUGUUGCUGAGGAGAGUGAGAGUGUUGCUGAGGAGAGUGAGAGUGUUGCUGAGGAGAGUGAGAGUGUUGCUGAGGAGAGUGAGAGUGUUGCUGAGGAGAGUGAGAGUGUUGCUGAGGAGAGUGAGAGUGUUGCUGAGGAGAGUGAGAGUGUUGCUGAGGAGAGUGAGAGUGUUGCUGAGGAGAGUGAGAGUGUUGCUGAGGAGAGUGAGAGUGUUGCUGAGGAGAGUGAGAGUGUUGCUGAGGAGAGUGAGAGUGUUGCUGAGGAGAGUGAGAGUGUUGCUGAGGAGAGUGUUUUUGCUUUGGGAGGAGAGUGCCAUCAAGAUAACAGCCAUGGUAAGUGA